UCAAAAAUGGCGGCGAAUUGUUAGCGAUAGAGGUCGCGCUGUACAUCGUUCGCAUCUUUGGCCGGCUAGAAGGCCUCGCCAUGUCCAAGAAGGGGAACGAACCACGAAGUGUAAACGUCGCUGUUGUUGGUUUGUCUGGCUUAGACAGAGAUCAAGCUUUUUUUGGAGUGGGAAAGUCGUGUUUGUGUAACCGCUUUGUUCGACCGUUGGCCGACGAAUAUAUCACAGAACAUUCUUCGGUAUUUAGUUCCUCUGAUUUUGGCGGACGAGUGUUGAACAACGAUCAGUUUUUGUACUGGGGAUAUUCAACUAAGACAGCAGAAGAUGGAAGUGAAUUUGCCGUUCAUGUCAUAGAGCAGACCGAAUUUAUCGACGAUGCUACUCUUAUGCCGUUAUCACGGGGAGGACAGCUUACACCAUACCCAAAACGGUGUGCCAUUUCAAAGCUCUCUUCCGCUGAAAAGUUGAUGUAUAUCAGCCGGGAUCAAGUAGCUUUACAGAGCGACUACGAGCAAAUCAUUCUACCCGGGGGAAAGAUUACUAUCGAUGGUUUUCUUGUCGUUUACGACGCCGAAGCUACGCAGUCGAAACGACUCGAAGAGCAACAAGAGCGCUUGUUGUCUUCUAUUCUCACUUAUGUGCAGAAAAGUAAAAAACCGUUUGUGCUUGUGGCAACAAAAUGCGACGACACACAGCUUAAUUUACUACAGGAGGUUCAUCGUUUUGCUCAGUCUAAAAAGUUGAAUGUCCCGAUCAUCGAAACUUCAGCUCACGAAAAUGUCAAUGUGGACUUAGCGUUUUUAGCUUUGGCGCAGCUCAUCGAACGCGGACGGGUGCGUUCUAAAGUUAUCCCUUUCACAGAGGCGCAAAGAACUCAACGAGAAUUAUUAGAGAAAGCCGUUCAGGAUUUUCAAAGGCUUAUUGAUAGAACAGUUACCGACUUUCGUGUGAUAUGGAAAAACACGAAAAAGUUAGUGGAAAAUGAAAGGGAAUUUCAAAUUCACCGCGAUCUUUCCGGGCUGGAAGCUUGCAAGAAACUUUUUAAUAAGCACAUCAGAAAGUUAAGGAAAGAAUUUGAAGAAAGGAAGUUGAAUGGGUAUUUGUCUAGACUUCCAAGUGCAUUAGAUGAGCUUAUACCUAGUGCAUCUUCGAUGGAACUAUGCCACUGGAACUGGCAAAAUUGCCAAAAGGCGAUUCGAAAUCACAAACAGUUUGAUAAGUGGAUGAUAGUUUUGCCGGAGGAGACAGCUUGGAAUGAGAGCGAUCAUCUACUCAACGACGAUCCACGUGUUCCUUUUGACAUUUUGUCUCUCCCACGAGCAGAGAAAGUGUUUCAGAACCAUGCGGAAAAGUUAAAAGCUGCGGAAAAACGGCUCCGUAUGAUGAACGAAUUUCGUAAACUACUGGAGUUGACGCCGCAAAUUCGACCAGGCACAACGUGGAUAGAAGCGGCUGUGCUGUUGGAAAACGAGGAAAGUUUUCAGUACUUGAACGACUCAGACAAAACAAAAAUUUUUGACACCUACCGUCGUGACAUUACUGAGAAAGCCAAAGCCGAUUUUCAAGAGUUGUUAUUCGAAUCAGCAGGGUUGUUUUCAAAACUUGAACCCAAUACGCGACCCUCGAUCGCUCCCGAAGACAUACGGGUAAUAAAAGAGGCGUUGAGCGAGGACGAUCGUUUCAAACGGCUCGAUAAAUUGGACAGCGAUCGCGAAAUCGGCUUGAUAAAUCACAUCGCUCUGUUGUACAGUCCCACCAGAUGCCUCAGUGGAGCGGAGAAAUGCCGCGAUCGGCUCAUGCAAGAGAUCGUAGCAACGACCACAUACAGGCCAACAUUCAUGGACAGUAGUGAGACACUAGACAGCGAUGACAGCCAAAUUAACCUGCUUAUUCUGGGCAGUGGGGGUUUUGCUCAGGCCAUGGAAAGUGAAAUUCGGACCCAGUGUUCAUAUGGAGAUCCAGACAAUCUAGAGUUUGUCCUUGAUGGCCGCAUGUAUGAACUGGACUAUCAUGUGGUGGAUGGCAACAUGGAUCCACCAGAAUAUGCUUUGGCUGGAACUGACUUGACUAGUCAAGCUUGUUUCUGUGUCUAUGGUUCAUCCAGUUCUCUGGAUUUUAUUCGCUAUUGUCUGAGUGAAAUGAGCGAGCGUUGUAAGUACGACAGCGUGGAUGACUCAAACCCUGUGCAGCUUCCCCCCCCAACAUUCCUCGUCCUGGCAAGGAAUCUUAGCGACGAUGAUAACAUUCAUCAACUGAGAAAGGAAGGUCAAGAAUUGGCCUCCAGGUACAAUGCAACAUUCAUUGAUUUGCCAGUGGCUCGCUUCUCACCCGGGAAGAUGAUUCAUGAGACACAAGUUGUGGACGCUAUGCGGGGACUGGUAGAGAACCUAAAACAACAAGCUCGCACCAAUCUGUCAAUAGAAGAUUUGAAAGACAGUGAUCCAGAUUUGAAGAUCAUGCUGUGUGCCAUGUGCGGAGAUCCUUAUCCAGUGGAGCUGAUUCUUGGGCCGCUUCUUCACCAUCAAAACUGUUGGAGAAGUUCCAACCGGCCAGACACAAUCAUCCUGGAAACUUACCUUGGGUUUGAUAAGCGACGAGUACAGAUAACUCUGACUUCUUACCAUAGAGCAUACAGCCUUAACUACCAAAUGUAUCAUGGCUACAUCUUGGUGUACUCGGCCAUACGAAAAGCCUCGUUAGGAACACUAAGUGGCUUCUCAGGAUUUAUACCUCAGGUUCCUAUACAGGUGUUGGCAGUAACUGGCAGUGCUGCUGGCGCCAGUGUGGUGUUUCACAGCCAUGUGGCAGCUUCUCUGUUGGCUGAUGGCACGAACCUGGCUAGCAAACUGUUUGCAAAGUUCCAGACAACCUCCUCGCAAUUUCAGCAUCAAGCUGGUGCGUUCGCUGCGUUUUUCAAUCAAGUUUGGGAAAAGAAAAGAGAGAGCGAGGUAGCAUACUCGAAGUUCUUGGCCGAACAACAACUUCGCCUGUCUCAGAAGCAACACAACAAUUCAAUCCGUUCAAAGCAUGAUCCUCUACCGGAGCCGCCAAGGAAAAGGCCGGCGAACUGCGAAGACGAAUUCAACCGGAGACGAAGCCUCAGUGACCAGCAGCAGGAGCAACCAGCCUCCCCCAAGUCAGUCCAUCGAAUGUCCAAUGGGACGUUGGAUGACUCUGAAAUCAAUCCAUACGCAGUGUUUGAUUCCGUCAAGAGGCCUUUUAGUGCGAUGAAAAACAGUGAGGCGAGGAAUUCCAGAGGAAGCGGCGAUCUACAGCCCUACGCUACUUCGACGCCGAAUGCCCUCUUUAUGAGCCUAAAGCAGAAUAGCGUUCCCAAUAGUACGCCGCAGAGCAGUGAUGUCUGGCAGAAGAGAGAGGGUAAGUCAGAGGAACUUUACGCUCAGGUUGACUUGUCUCGAAAACGCUCGUUCAGGAAAUCCAAAGAUCUGACCAUGAACGACAGUGAGGUCAACUUGAUCGAGAACACCCUCUACGCCAACAACAAUUUGGUGCAGUCGCAAAAAUCCGCCCGAGAGACUCCUCCCACGGCUCGCGAAGUUCCACCGCCCCUUCCGAAGAGGAAUUACGAUUUAAGCGAGGAUUUCCCACCUGUAGUCCCACCCAUGAUCCCUCCAGCGGAGUCCAGAACGGAUACUCUUAGGAGCAAUGAUGAUGAGGGCUAUAACACGUUUAAGAAUGAGAACCUGAAAGAAGAAAACCCCUACGCUGCUUUAGCCGACGUACAACCCCGGCCUUCCUCUAUAGCAGCGGAGGAUCCAUACUAUAUGAAGGUAAAAGAGAAGAUAGACUUCUUUAACAACAAAAUGGUCACACCGAAACAUGACGUAUGGGUGAAGAUGAAUGCAAGACAGGAUGAGUCUCAUUCAUCUGUACCUGAUCUCCACAGAAAGGAGUCGGAUGCGGGAGCACCUCUGGCUCAGCAAGAGGAUGUUAGCGACCCAGAGUAUGCUCAAGUUCAGGAAGCAUUAAAAAAUAAUCUGAAGAUAUCAGUAAAACCCCGGAAGACUAUUUACGCUGUUGCUGUUGUUGAGGAACCCAGCGAUUCAGACAAGAAACCAAAGCCGCAUGCAAAGGUGACAGCUAAAGCUUCAUUGAGGCUGGCGCAUUCUGCUGAAGACGUUAGUACGCUGGAGAGACAAUCCAGGCGAGACACCUUUGGUCGCCCAGUAAACGGAAGACGUGAAAAGCGAGGAGAUAGCGCCACGUCUGAUCAAGGAACUGGGGACGAGGCUACAUUGCCUCGAACUGAAGAGCGCCCGGCGAAGAAAAAAAAUAUCAUCAGACGAUCUCGAAGUACUACACGAAGUGGUCAGUCGUCCACGCCAAACGUACCUACAGAGGUACACAAGAAACAGCUGUUUUCUGGAAGGAAAUCAGGCAAGAAAGACCAAAGGAAAGGUGGAACUAUGUCCUCCAGUCAAGAAGACGAAUCUUCCUUUGGCAGCACGUUAGACGCCAGAGGAAAAAAUAAACGACUGGCUAGGCCCGCCCUCUUGGACAUACCUCAGAGGCAGUCAGAUCCUGGCACUGAAGAGGAAACAGAGGAUGACCCAGGUUCGCCCGGUCAUAAACCAAGGAAAUCGCCUUGGUCGUCAUCCAGAAAGAAACCGAGUCGAGAGGAGCGCGAAGCUCAGAAACAGAAGAAGCGAGAAGAGAAGAAAUCGCGAGAAGACGAGAAGCGUCAGAAACGUGAAGAGAAGAAGAAGAGAAAGGAUAGGGAGAAGAUAGACAAAUUUUUCCAGAGCAGACAGAAAAAUAUCAGCAAUUACACUUACUUUGGUCAACCGCUUGAGUCAAUCUGCGAUCCAACAACACUUGUCCCUGCAUUCUUGGAUAAAUGUAUCGAAUUUGUAGAGAAUACAGGAAUGCAAGUAGAGGGAAUAUACAGAGUGAAUGGUAACGCAGCGGACAUAAACCUCAUUGAACAGAAGGUUGAAGAGAAUUCUAACGUAGAGUUGGCCGAGCUAGGGGUUACGGUCCAUGCAGUGACAGGUGCCUUCAAGUCAUUCCUAAAGCUCCUCCCAGAGCCAAUAAUCCCAGGAGCCUAUCAGAGCUCAUUCCAUGAUGCUAUGGUUGAUGCUGAUGCCAAUAGCCGCUUAGCUCGGCUCAAGCAGCUUCUACAAGAUAUACCACCACAUAACAUUGCUGUCUUCAAACGAAUCAUGUUCCAUCUGAAUCGAGUGACGGAGUUUUCCAAGGACAAUCUCAUGGAAUCGAGAAACAUAGCAUUGGUCUUAUUCCCGACUAUUAUUCGUCCGGACUUCACCCGGUUGGAGAUGUCUACGCACAUGUACUUGCUGUUAUUCAUUCAAACGUGUAUAGAAAAAUGUGACUACCUCUUCUCCACUGAAGACAAUUGAGAAAAACUGGGAAACGUCGGUGAAGUCCAGGUUGCCAGCCACGUGCCUGCCACAUGUCUGUGGUAUGGGUAAGGAUGAAGUGUCCUUCUGCUGCCGAACUGACAGCGUGGCUUCGUGGGAAUGCCGUUGAUUCAGGAAUUCGGUCCAAGCAGUGAAGAUGUCGAGAAAUUUUUGAGGUUUGAACGUCAUAUUUGCCUUCCCAUGUUGCGAUGCUACCCAAGAGCCGCAAGACGAACAGUUCGACGAAAAUAGUGACGGAUGCAUUUUAUUAUGGAAGAUACAUGUAUGUAAGGACGAUAGCGAUGUUACAAGGAUGAAAGUGUGCUUGCGUUUUAGAAAGGGACAUAUUUCGCGAGUGCACCCUGUUUUGUCAGAAAUAACUGUUAAAACUAGCUUAUUAAUGAUAAAUAAUAAGUUGCUAAAGAAACGUUUCCUCUCCAAGAAUUUCUUCUACUCAAAAUGACAGAUUGAAUUUAGGUAGAAUUGGACUGAGACAGCGGUUUUCAUAGUUGCCAAGCAACUUGUGUGAUCUUGCUAUUUGCUGACUGGCUGAAAGAUAUUCGAAAACUUUCGAACGCGUGCAAGCUCUCCCGAUGGAUACCAAGAGUAAUGUCGGUCAAGCUUUUUUUUAUAAGAAUUCAAAUGACGGUGUUUUUAAUUUUAUUCCCUCUCAUUCUGCUACUCUAGAGGUUGAUGAUUUUAUAAGUGCGUUGCCGUAUGGUCGCAAAGCGUUUUUAUUAUUUUCUUUUUACAUUGAUAUUAAAAGUUCGUUUUAAUUAAAAAAAAAAGUAAUGGUUUUUAAUUCACACCUUGGAGAAGUAGAGAGAGAGAGUACUAUACUAGUGGAGAUAUAGUUUUUUAACGAUUACCACUUCAAAUUUUCUUGGAUUUUUUUUAUCAUGCCUUAUGCACAAUGUUACACAGAAGCUCGGAUGAAUUUUCUCUAUGGUAUCUCUGGAUCGAUGGCAGUGUCUAAGAAACUGCGCACCUAGCCCUCCCCUCACGCAACAACAAUCAACUGACAGCAAGUUAGGGUGAGUGUUGGGUUAGGGGAAGGGUAGGUGCGCAGUUGUUUUGGUUCUGACAUUGAGCCGUAUCUUUCUGCAAAAAUCUUGUGAUCAUUGCACACUCUCUAUUUAUUUCUCCUCAAUUUUAUGUUGACUGUGCUGGAAGUAAAUACUCUCUACACGUAUUUAAACGGUUCUUCGUACGUAUACGUGUAAUUAACUUUGGGGAAAAUAAAACUCGAAUU